AUGGAGCACUUUUCGUCCGAAGUAUCCAACAUUUGUCGAUUUUGUUUGAGUCAGAAUGAGAAACUUCUCAUACCAGUUAGUAAAGCGUUAAACGCUUCCCUCGAAAUGGAAGAUGUAGAGCGGUUUACCGGUAUUCAGAUUAAACCAGAAAAUGCCUCACUGUAUGUGAUGUGUUUCGAUUGUACGCGCAAGCUGAAACAGUCUGCUGAAUAUCGGGAGUCAUGCAAAAGUAACGAUAUAUUGUUUCAUGAGCUGUUCGUUAAAGUGGAAUACGUAGAAUCCUGCGAAGAUUACGAGGGCGCUCACUGUUCAAAGGAGGAAACGUUUGCGAUUGAAGUGGUGCUUCCGUGCAACCAGUCUACCGAACAGAUACAGCCCGAAGAGCAACGGGCGUAUAUCAGUGGACAUAUAUCGAACGAAGAGGACGAAACAUCAGACAUACCGCAGCAACGCGUACAUAUGAAAGUGGUAGAACAUGAAGCAGUUAAAACGUGUUUCAGUGACGAUGAAGGGAAUGGAAACUCAUCACCCGGUACUACUGCAGGAAGAAAUCCUGUCCGGCACGUUUCCAGACGGAUACGUAAAACGAGUGAACCCGUUUCGAACCUCUCGAGGAGCUACAGUCGCGCAAAGCAGCUUUGCGUCACCUGUGGCAAGUUGGUGAACAAUUUAGCUCGUCAUCAGCAAAGUCAUACGAUGGAAAUCAAACGUGCCUGUCCGCACUGUCCAGUUGAGAUGGUUGACCAUUCAAACCUCUUGCGUCACAUAGAAGCGGUACAUCUGAAAAAGAUAGUGAAAUCUUGCGAAAAAUGCGGAAAAGGGUUCACGCACAACAAUACGUACAAAUCGCACAUGCGUUCUCAACAUGGUAUUGGAGAAACACACAAGUGCACAUAUUGCCAGAAGGAAUUCAAUCAUCCGGGAGGAUUGCGGGACCAUUGCAAAAGAUUCCACAGCACCCAGUACAACUUCGACUGUAUGACAUGCGGGAAACGAUUUAAGCUCAAACAAGAGCUCCGUGUUCACGAGCGGGUUCACUCAUCGGAAAAGCCCUACGCAUGCAGCUUGUGUCCAAAACGGUUCAAGAGUGGCUUCGCCAAGAAAACGCACGAACUUACGCAUAGUGGAAUCAGUUUUGAGUGUACUAUCUGCAAAAAAUCGUACCGUUACAAAUCACUUCUCAGUAUGCACAACAGAAAAAUGCACCCAGAGCAACAGAAUGCGGAAGCUGGUGAACUAGCUAACCAGGAUGUUAAACCGAACGAAAUUGUGUACAAAGUUUUUAGCAAAGAAUAG